ACGGGAAAAGUGUUCGAAACGAUUGAGAAGCCAAGAUGGCGGCAGCUGGAGGUAGCGGCGAUUUGGACGCAGGAGGCUACGGCGACGCAGAUGUCGACCUCCCGGGCCUGGAGGGCGAGGCGGGGCCAGACUCAGAGCCUGACUCGGAGGUGUUUUCGUGUGUGGCCCACUGCUCCGACCUCGCCCGCCGCCAGAACGAACAGCGGCGGUUAGGCCUCUUCUGUGACGUCACGUUAGCCUUCAGUGGCGGCAGCAAUGAGGAGGAGGAGGAGGAGAGGGGAGUGGGCGGGGCCUUCCGCGGCUCCGACCCCCCGCCGCGAGAGUUCCGGGCUCACCGCUCCGUCCUGGCAGCAGCCACCGAAUACUUCGCUCCUCUCCUCCUGGGCGACUUUGCGGAGUCCCGCUCGGGGCGGGUAGAGUUACGGAAAUGGAGUUCGGGAGCGGGACCAGACCCGGAGACGAUCGAGGCGGUCAUCAGCUUCAUGUACACGGGGAGCAUUCGCGUCAGUCCUGGCAACGUGCACGAGGUUCUGGAGUUGGCCGACAGGUUCCUACUAAUACGUCUAAAAGAGGUUUGUGGGGAAUUCCUCAAGAAAAAACUGAGUCUCUCCAACUCUGUCGCCAUUCACAGCUUAGCUCAUAUGUACUCUUUGAACCAGCUGGCUUUAAAAGCUGCCGAGAUGAUCAGGAGGAACUUCUCCAAAGUCAUUGAAGAUGACGAAUUCUAUACUUUGCCAUUUCAUCUUAUUAGGGACUGGCUUUCAGAUUCAGAAAUCACAGUGGAUUCAGAAGAGAUUCUCUUUGAGAUGCUGUUAAAGUGGGUCCAGAGAAAUCCUGAUGAAAGAGAAAAGUAUUUUGCAGAGCUCUUUAAGCUUCUCCGACUAUCACAAAUUAAGCCAACCUAUUUGAUUCAGCAUGUUAAAUCUGAAAAGCUGGUGUCAAGCAACGAAGCAUGCCUCAAACUUGUGUUGGGAGCAGUGGAGAGCCAUGCUCUCAAGGUUGAGAAUUUUCAGUUGGAUACACAAGUUAAUUCCUCCAUCUCAUCUCAGCCUCGCUUUGGCCAAAAUAUGGACGUUAUCAUGGUCAUUGGUGGUGUGUCUGAGGGAAGUGAUUACUUGAGUGAGUGUGUGGGGUACUUUAUUGAUGAAGAUAGAUGGGUGAAUUUACCGCACAUACACAAUCAUCUUGACGGGCAUGCUGUGGUAGUAACCAAAUCCUAUCUUUAUGUGGCAGGUUCCAUGGAGCCUAGCUUUGCCAAGACCAUGGAAAGGUAUAACCCAGUUAGAAAUGUUUGGGAGCAGGUUUCCAAUCUGAUAACCAGAAAGCAUUCUUUUGGACUUAUUGAGGUAAAGGGAAACCUGUACAGCAUUGGUGGCCAUGGGAACUUUAUUUCUGGGUUUAAAGAUGUAGCUGUCUACAACCCUGAUCAAGAUAAGUGGCACAACUUGGAGUCUGCCCCAAAGAUACUCCGGGAUGUUAAAGUGAUCACAAUAGACAACAGAUUUGUUUACAUGGCAGCUCGCACACCAGUUGACGGAGAUAAUGAAGAUGGCUUAAGGUCUGUCAUUAUUCGCUAUGAUGCAGACACACAACAGUGGCGAGAUUGUGAGUCUCUGCCACUCCUUGAUAACUAUUGCUGCUUCCAAAUGGUUGUGGGGAACACCAACUUUUACCACACCGCUUCGUGUUGUCCUAGGAGCUAUCCUCUAGACCACGAAGAAGCCAAAAGAAAAAUCUCUAAUCCAAUAUCUAAUGACAUUCUGGAAAGCUUACCACCAGAGGUUCUUGGCAUUGAAGGGGCGGCUAUUUGCUAUUACAAAGAUGAUAUCUUCAUCAUAGGUGGAUGGAAGAACAGUGAUGAUACUGAUAAACAGUACAGAAAAGAGGCCUACCGCUACUGUGCUGAGAAGAAGCGUUGGCUGUUACUUCCUCCUAUGCCUCAGCCUCGCUGCCGUGCUACAGCCUGUCAUGUGAGAAUCCCCUUU